AUGCCCGGGGCGGGUGCCGAGGGGUCGGUCCUCACGUCCAGGUCCCCCAGCAGCACUGAACUCAUCCUCGUGGCUGGGAUUCCCACAGAUCGCUAUGGCGAGAGGCCGGGGGAGGUGGCGGAUGGUGGCCGGAGGGCGGUGGCAGCAGCGAGGAGGAGCAAAGCCCAGGAGUCCAGCGAGGAGGAGCCGACGACUGACGGGCAGGACUUGGACAGCUGGUUUUCCAGAAGCCAACAGCCCAACCGAGCAACCACCCACCCCAAACUCAACCUGACCAGGCAGGCUUUGCCCUGGAAUGAGCAGUACAAAGGGAAGGCCAACCUGCAUGUCUUUGAAGACUGGUGUGGAGGAGCUGUGAGGCACCUGAGGAAGAACCUCCAUUUUCCACUCUUUCCCCCCACCCGCACCACGGUGAAGAAGUUGGCUGUGUCCCCCAGGUGGAAGAACUAUGGGCUCAGGAUUUUUGGCUACAUCCACCCCUUCAAAGAUGGGGAUUUCCAGUUCUCGGUGGCAUCGGACGACAACUCCGAGUUCUGGCUCAGCUCCGACGACAGCCCCUCCAACUCCCGCCUGGCGGCCUCCGUGGGCAAGCUGGGCACUGAGUGGACGGCGCCAGGAGAGUUCACCAAGUUCAGCUCACAGGUCUCCAAGCCUCUACGCCUCAUGUCCUCCAGGCGCUACUACUUCGAGCUGCUCCACAAACAAGACGACAGAGGUUCAGACCACGUGGAAGUUGGUUGGCGCGUUUUUCUCCCCAGCUUGAAGUUCGAAGUAAUUGACUCUUCCUACAUCUCCCUGUACACAGACGAAUCCUCCCUGAAGAUGAACCACGUGGAGCACAUCCCACAGACCUUGGCCAGCCACAGAGGGAGCUACCUCUGGGAGGCUCAGCGAGAUGAGCAUGGGGCUGACAUGCUGAAGUCUGACCCCAGGGACACCUUCUUCCUCACCCCUGCCAUCGAGGCCUCACGAGUGGAGAACGUGCUGGUGCCCUGUGCCUACAGCCCCACCUACGUGGUGAAGGACUUCCCCAUCGCCCGCUACCAGGGCCUGCAGUUUGUCUACCUCUCUUUCGUGUACCCCAACGACUUCACACGCCUCACUCACAUGGAGACAGAGAACAAGUGCUUCUACAGGGAGUCCCCCCUCUACCUGGAGAAGUUUGGGUUUUAUAAGUACAUGAAGAUGGAUGAGGAGGAGGAGGAUCCGCGCCAACGCGCCUUUCUGUUCCUCAGCCCAGACAAUUUCCUAGAGGAUGAGGAUGAGGAGGAGGAAGGAGUGGACAGCCCUGAGCCCACAGACCCACCUCCCGCAGCCAAGGAGAAGAGCUUUGGGCCAGUACCUGGAGCCAAAGGGAAAGGGACCCGGCCGGUCACCGGGGGUUAUGGAGAUGACCUGGACUACUACAGCUUUGGCCGCAGGCAGGGCCGGGGUCCCAGAGAGGGUGAGGAGGAUGAACUGGGGCUGCUGGCAUCUACAAAGCGUGCUGGGGCUCUGAGCCUUCAACCCCGCCUCUCUGUCCCCGUCUUUGGUGACAAAGCCAAAACGCCGGGUGCCAGCAAGCCUGCCAUGCCUAAGGAGGACAAAAAGCCCCCCAAAGCCCAGGAGAAGGUCUACGUGACCAGGCUGCAGCCGGGUAAACGCAAAGCCCCGGCCCAGGAGCCGGUCUUCCCUGGCAUCUUCCUGUACCCAAAGCCACUCAAGAGAGUCCACCUUCGCUCCAGGACCCCCCAGAAACAUCCCCCCUCCUCCAGCAAGCUCCAUGCCAUCCCUGGCCGCCGGACCCCCUGGCUCUUGAGCAACAUCUCCAAGGAGAGGAGCCCUGCCCGGCACAAGGGUACCCGUGCGGGUGGCAGGAGGUGGGAAGGGCCGUCCCAGCUGGGAACUGAGCGGCGGGCACUGCCCGGCCUCCUGGCCCUGGGGACCGAAGGGCUGUUCCUCAGGGACACCCAUGAGGACACGACUCGUGCCCCGGGCAGGACAGUGGCCACCACCAAUUACAGCUCCUCCGAGGCGACACGGAGGACGUUCAGCGUCAGCUCGGUGGACUUCGAGCUCCUGCGCUCCGACUGGAACGACCUGCGCUGCAACGUGUCGGGCAACCUGCAGCUGAGCGAGGGCGAGGUGGUGGACGUGGUGGCACAGUACAUGGAGAAGCUCAACGAGAAGAACGGAGGCAUCUACACCCUCCUGAGGAUCAUCAACGUGGAGAAGCGCCGGGACACGGCGCGGGGGAACCGCUACCUGCUGGAGCUGGAGCUGGCGGAGCGGGGCCGGCGCACCGUGCGGCUCUCCCAGUACGUCUACGUCCUCCUGCACCAGGGCAAGCAGGACGACACUGAGCGGCGGGCACUGCCCGGCCUCCUGGCCCUGGGGACCGAAGGGCUGUUCCUCAGGGACACCCAUGAGGACACGACUCGUGCCCCGGGCAGGACAGUGGCCACCACCAAUUACAGCUCCUCCGAGGCGACACGGGUGACAUCCUUUCUGAAGAUGUCAGAAACGACGACGUCCCAACAGGAGGAGGGAAAGGGCCAGGAGGAAGAGGAGGAGGAGGAGGAAGAGGUGUCGGACUACAGCUACGAGGCCGGGGAGCUGCAGCAGAGCUGGCUCGAGGACUCCAUCAACUGGCAGAGGACGUUCAGCGUCAGCUCGGUGGACUUCGAGCUCCUGCGCUCCGACUGGAACGACCUGCGCUGCAACGUGUCGGGCAACCUGCAGCUGAGCGAGGGCGAGGUGGUGGACGUGGUGGCACAGUACAUGGAGAAGCUCAACGAGAAGAACGGAGGCAUCUACACCCUCCUGAGGAUCAUCAACGUGGAGAAGCGCCGGGACACGGCGCGGGGGAACCGCUACCUGCUGGAGCUGGAGCUGGCGGAGCGGGGCCGGCGCACCGUGCGGCUCUCCCAGUACGUCUACGUCCUCCUGCACCAGGGCAAGCAGGACGACAAGGAGGAGGAGGAGGAAGAGGUGUCGGACUACAGCUACGAGGCCGGGGAGCUGCAGCAGAGCUGGCUCGAGGACUCCAUCAACUGGCAGAGGACGUUCAGCGUCAGCUCGGUGGACUUCGAGCUCCUGCGCUCCGACUGGAACGACCUGCGCUGCAACGUGUCGGGCAACCUGCAGCUGAGCGAGGGCGAGGUGGUGGACGUGGUGGCACAGUACAUGGAGAAGCUCAACGAGAAGAACGGAGGCAUCUACACCCUCCUGAGGAUCAUCAACGUGGAGAAGCGCCGGGACACGGCGCGGGGGAACCGCUACCUGCUGGAGCUGGAGCUGGCGGAGCGGGGCCGGCGCACCGUGCGGCUCUCCCAGUACGUCUACGUCCUCCUGCACCAGGGCAAGCAGGACGACAGUGCCGAGGCCAACCCCGAAGGACCAGCCCUGGGGGCCACCGAGCCCCAGCCCAGCACCUGGAGCCUCCUCUAUGGAAAAUCUGUCCUGUGCCAGCCCCUGCAGCUCAGCUGGAGGCAGGACGUCAUGGUGCACUUCGUGGUACCCGUGAAGAACCAAGCCCGCUGGGUCCAGCAGUUCAUCUCGGACAUGGCCCACCUGUACGAGGCUACGAAGGACGCCAACUUCAAUGUCAUCCUGGUGGACUUUGACAGUGAUGACAUGGAUGUCGAGAAAGCCCUUCGGGAUGCCCGAUUGCCCCGCUACCAGUACCUGCAGCGCACGGGGAACUUUGAGCGCUCAGCUGGGCUGCAGGCUGGUGUGGACGCGGUGGAGGAUGGGCACAGCAUCAUGUUCCUCUGUGACCUGCACAUCCAUUUCCCCAACAACAUCCUGGACAGCAUCCAAAAUCACUGCGUGGAGGGCAAGCUGGCCUACGCGCCCAUCGUCAUGCGGCUGGGCUGCGGCAGCUCCCCGCGGGAGCCCAACGGCUACUGGGAGGUGAAUGGCUUCGGCCUCUUCGGCAUCUACAAGUCGGACUUUGACCGUGUGGGAGGGAUGAACACGGAGGAGUUCCGAGACCGCUGGGGCGGGGAGGACUGGGAGCUGCUGGACAGGGUCCUGCAGAGCGGGCUGGAGGUGGAGCGCUUGCGUCUCAGGAACUUCUACCAUUACUACCACUCCAAGCGUGGCAUGUGGAACGCCCGCAGCAAGAAGCCCCCCAAGGACUAA